AUGGCAUUCGUACCGACAAACAAGGAGGAGUUGGAGCGGUGGCUGCACAGGUUCCAUAGCGUCAACGAUGCCCUCGACACUACGAGGCUGCACGAGGUCUACGCCAAGGACAUCACGCUGCAGUACGGCAACAGGCCACCGGUGCACGGGCUGAACAACCUAAUUGCUUUCUUUGAGCCGACCUACAAGAUGCUGGAUUCGAUGCACCACAAGAUUGCAUAUUUUGAUCUCGUUGGCGAUGGCAGCCGCUUCUACCAGCCAUGCCACAUCACAUACCGCGUGAAGAAUGACCCGGAGAAGGAGGCGAUCAAGAUCCCGGCAAUUGGCGUCUGGCAUCUGGAGACGGCGGGCGAGGACGUCGGCAAGGCGAAGCAGUUUGAAGUCUACCUUGACCCGUCGCCUGUAACGGCUGCUGUGGCCAGGGCGACGGGCCAGGCGAUUUAG